UCAUUAUCCAAAUUCAUCCAUAAGCAAAAACCUCUUCCAUCUCUUAUUCAUUUCUAUUCCCAAUUUCCCAUACCAAGAAACCAAAAAAAAAAUAAAAAAAAAUUUAAUAAUAAAAAAUAUAAAAAAUAAAAAAUAAAAAAAUAAAAAGGGAUCUCGGCAUCGUAGCUGUGGAAUGUGGAGGUUGUUGUGCCUUCUCCUCCACCGUGCAUGACCUUCCUCCGCCGUCACCAUGCCCGCUACUCGUCCCUCAUCGGAUCUAAUCCUCCACCGUCUUUCCUCCUCCGAUUAUGAAAUCAAACUCAAAGCUAUUAGAGAGGUUAAGAAUCAGAUCAUCGGUAACCGCACCAAGAAAAUUUCAUACAUCAAGCUCGGAGCCGUUCCCGCCGUCGCCGAUGCUCUAGCACAAGCAGACGCCGAUAACGAUUGCGGCUCCAACCUAAUUGUCCAGUCCGCUGCCGUUCUCGGUAGCUUUGCUUGUGGCGUCGACCAAGGCGUCCGCGCCGUCCUUGAUGCCGGUGCUUUUCCUUAUUUAAUCAGGCUCCUCUCUGCCGCCGAUGAGAAGGUUGUGGAUGCAGCUGCACGCUCUUUGAGAAUGAUUUAUCAGUCAAAACUAGCUCCGAAGUUUGAUUUUUUUAAGGAGGAAAACAUGGAUUUUCUUCUUUCACUAUUGAGAAGUGAAAAUGAAAAUCUUACUGGACUAGGUGCAGGCAUUGUUAUUCAUUCUUGCGAGACAAGCGGUGAACAAAAUAUAUUAUGCCAUGCUGGUACUUUAGAGAAACUUAUUAGCGGUCUCGAUGGUUCUAUAAGCCAGAGAGAUGCUAGUUUAGAGUCCCUAGCUACCAUUCUUCAAAACAAUCCAGAAGCUGUCACUAAAUUUGCGGGGCUUCAAAAUGGAAGAGCAUUGGGUUCUGUAAUUGAAUUAACCAAGGAUAGAUAUUCUCGGACAAGGUUACUGGCCUGCUUGUGCUUGAUCUGUAUAAAGAAUUCUUCAUCAUGCUAUCUGCAAGACAUAGGAAUCAAAACCAAAUUGAUAUAUAUUUUGCUUGAGCUCCUUGAUGAUUCUGGUCAAGUUGGAGAAGAAGCCCCCUUUGCUUUUUCGAGUUUAGUUGCAGGAAAGGAAGACUUGCAGAAGUUAGCAUUUGAGGCAAAUGCUAUAGAUAAGUUCUACAGUCACUUGCAAAAUUGUGCCUUACAUCCCAAACGUCUUGAAGGGAUAUUUCUAGCACUGGCUGAUCUUUGCUCAAAAUUGGAAUGCUGCAGGUUGAAGUUUAUGUCAUUGCAGGUCUUGAAUCUAUUAGUUAAUGCCUUAACCCAUGAUGAGGCCAAUGUGCGUACUGCAGCUUGCAUUUGCUUAAAAAGUGUCUCACGCUCAAUCAAGAAUUUGAGUGCAGGUUGUUUCAUGAAUGAAAGGAUUGUCAUUCCAUUGGUCCGACUUCUCUCUGAUCUUUCCACUUCUGUCCAGGUUGCAGCCCUUGGUGCCAUUAGCAACAUAGUGGUGGACUUUACACCAGAUAAGUCAACAUUCAUACAGUGUGGAGGCAUUAAAGAGCUUGUCCAAUUGACAAAGUCUAUGGAUUCGUCUUUAAGGCUGAAUGCUGUAUGGUCCUUGCGGAACAUGGUAUUUCUUGCAGAUAAGAUGUGUAAGGAAGCGAUUGUGAUGGAGUUGACAGUGUCUUCAGUAGCCAGCCUUAUCUGUGAUCCUGAGCCUUCUGUUCAAGAGCAAGCUCUGGCCCUUGUUCGCAAUUUUGUUGAUGGAUGUAUGGAUUGUGUUGAAUUUGCUUUUGCUGAAGAUGGUAUCAUACUGGAGGCUGUUGGAAGGCAGUUGCGAAAAUCCUCAAAAAUUGAAAUUGGUAUACAGGGGAUGUACAUACUAAGCAAUAUUGCAAGUGGAAAUGAAUUUCACAAAGAAGCCAUAAUGCACCUUCUCUUUCCACAAGCAGAAAAUGGAUCUCGCUCUUUCUUCAGCCAGUAUUUGCAGAGUAGUGACAGUCAUCUACGCACAGCUGCUGCUUGGGUCAUAGUAAAUCUCACUGCUCUUGCAAGUCCUGGUGCAUUUGGCCGGGUUGUAAAACUGCGUAAUGUUGGCAUUGUUUCUCAAAUCAAGAGGAUGGUCAAUGACUCUUGCAUGGAUGUGAAGCUUCGAGCGCGACUUGCACUUGGGCAGAUUAUUUCUUUUGGUGAUAGUUAAAUUAAGCAGCUCCUCCAUUUGAAGCCCUUUCGCCGUCAGAGAGAAAUCUUAAUAGAAUUUAUUUUCUUCCUUAUUCCCACACUUUAUGAGUAAGGGGGUAUCCUGCCCUCCGCUUCAGCUUCGAAUACGGUGUAUCAGAUUGUUUUUGUUUUUGAACCAGUCAGAGCAGUGUAAAGCUUUUCAAUUUUGUAAGCACUCCUGACCAGGUUACCAUUAGCCCCCAAAGUCUUGAUUUCUUAUUGGUUGCAUUAUGUAAUACUUUUUGUAAGUCGGAAGCUCAGAGUAGAUUUACAGGCUUUAGUAUUGUACCAUACGAGUAGUCAGUGUCAAUUUUAGAACUUAGUUUCAUCAUUGUAUGUUGUAAGCAAAGUGCCAAGGGGUAAUGUUUGAGGGGGUUUCUGGUAUUCGUGCAUAUAUCUUGUAAUUUUGUAAACUCUUUUUUGUUUGACAAAUUGUUAACUCUCUUUUGUGGUUCAUAAAUAGGUUGGUCUCUUUUCGGUCAAAAAACAGAUGACUCAAUUUUGUUGCCUA